UUUUUUUAACUGUUCCGUGUCCAGAGGCUUUCAGGAGCCUAUUUUCAUCAUCAGAAAUGCAUGCAAAGUGUUUUCCAUGUAUUCGAAUGGACCCGGUACACCAGCGCAGUCAGUUCCAGGUUUUGUGUGGAGGAAACAAUGGUAGAACGCGCGCCGCAUUAUGCUCAUGAUGGGAUCCAUAGUGAAUACAACCAGAAAAGACAGGUCAUCGCAACACAUACUGCUCUCUCUGCUUCUGCUCUCUCUAUUCCUCUCAAAAUGUCUAAAAUAGUUAACUUUUUUUACUAUUUUUCAGGGCAUUCUGGAAGUUCUCCUGAUGUUAUAUUUAAAAAAUGCUUCUAAACGC